AUGCGUCUGCUCCUGCCCCUGUUCGCUUUCGUGCUGCUCUCCAGCUUGUGCCUCUGUGACAGCAAGGACAUAACCAAGGUGAAAACAACGUCGACUAAAGCAGCAGCCUCCAAGAAAACAGAAAAAACUACGUCCAUCAGGCCCGCGACUUCGAAGAAGACAGAGAAACCGGAGAAAACGGAAAAACCAAAGCCUUCUACUUCCAAGAAAACAGAAAAACCCGAAAUUACAAAGCCCAGUACUACGAAGAAGACAGAAAAACCAAAAACUACUAGGCCUGCCACUUCCAAAAAGACGGAAAAAACUGAAAAAACGGAGAAGACGAAGAGUCCUAAACCGACAACUACCACUAAAGCCGGCACCACAACCACCACAGGUGCGACUACCACCUCCACUAUCCCGACUACCGACUCCACUACCACGACUACCGACUCAACUACCACAACUACCGAGUCCACUAUGCCGAUUGCUGACUCCACUAUCACGACCACGACAGCGUCCGUACCAUAA